AAUAUUCAAUAAAGAAAGAGACGUCGGCAGAUUGAAUUAAAAGAUCAGGCUUGGGCAUGGCGGCACUGAGCAGCAUGAGCCAGAGAAAAGAGCUUGACUUAGAACAAGAAGAAGAAGAUGCCACUCAUGGCCGCCUUGCUAAUCGGGUGCGAGCGGAGAUUGGGCGCCAGCUCUGGCUCGCGCUGCCGAUGAUGGGCGUCAAUCUCCUCCAGUAUUCCAUCCAGCUCGUCUCGGUGAUGUUCGUGGGUCACCUGGGAGAGCUCGAUCUGUCCGGCGCCUCCAUCGCCAGCUCCUUUUGCAACGUCACGGGCUUCAGCAUCCUGCUGGGACUGGCGAGCGCUCUGGAAACUCUUUGCGGCCAAGCCUAUGGAGCCAAGCAAUACCACACGCUGGGAAUUCUCCUCCAAAGAGCAAUUUGUAUCCUUAUCAUGAUCUCGAUACCAUUAGCUCUCUUGUUCUACAACAUGGAGCCAGUCCUCCUCUUCUUCGGCCAGGCUCCAGAUAUUUCUCUCAAGGCCGGGAUCUACGCGCGCUACUUGAUCCCGGGGCUGCUAUCUUACGCUUUGAUCCAGCCACUCAUGAGAUUUCUCCAGACCCAGAGUUGCGUGGUUCCAAUGCUGUUUUGCUCUGUCGUGAGCUUGCUAGUUCACAUACUACUCUGCUGGAUCAUGAUCCAUAAGCUGGGAAUUGGAGCUCAUGGAGCCGCGAUCUCGCUCAGCAUUUGUUUCUGGCUAAACGCUGGAUUUUUUGUGCUCUUGGUGGCUUUUAUCCCUCGCUGCAAGAAAUGCUGGCCCGGAUUUUCCACCGAAGCGUUUCGAGACUUCAAACUUUUCCUGAGGUUGGCGGUCCCUUCCGCGAUCAUGGUCUGUGUGGAAUGGUGGGCUUUUGAGCUACUACUUCUCCUCGCAGGACUUUUGCCAAAUCCCCAGCUCCAAACCUCGGUUUACUCGAUCAUCUUGAACACUGUAAGCUUCACGUUUAUGAUACCUUAUGGCAUUGGUAUAGCGGCCAGUACGCGAAUUUCCAAUGAGCUUGGAGCUGGCCAAGUUUCCAAUGCGCGGUUUGCCUUCUUUGUCACACUUGGUCUCGCCCUCCUUGAUGCUACGACAAUGGCGAUUCUCUUGUUCUUGGCUCGCCACUUUCUGGGAAGAGUUUAUAGCAACGAACCAGAAGUUAUCAACAAUGUGGCGAAGCUUGGACCGAUCAUAGCCCUCAUUUCCUUCAUGGAUGAUAUCCAAGGAUCCAUCUCGGGUGUUGCGAGGGGUUGUGGAUGGCAAGCAACUGCUGCUGCUGCAAAUCUGGGAGCUUACUACAUUGUUGGUGUACCAAUCGCUUACAGUCUCGCGUUCCAUUUCGGCCUCAAUGGAAAGGGACUAGUGAUUGGAAUUCUUUGUGGAACAGGCACACAAGCGAUAACCUUCCUUUUGAUCUCUAGUGUCUUCACAAACUGGGAAAAACAAGCCGAGAACGCGACCAAGAGAGUCGAGACCUCGGCAACUUUACCAUUACUAUCUUAGAUCAUGCCGUACUUGAGUACGGUAGAAUGUGACACGUCACAAGAAUAAAAUCUAAAUCUGGAAGGAAUUA